AUGAACAGCAAGGAGAUGUGCCAAGAACCGUGCGACGAGCUGUCCGAGAUCAGCAGCCAGGAGGCGUCCAACUCCUCCGGCCUGGUCAGCCUCGACCGCUCGCUCACCGUCGCCGUCGCCGCCGCCGCUGCUGCCGAGUCGAGCACAACCGACAACAGCAACAGCAACAGUAACAGCGGCAGCGUGCAGGCCGACGCGGCGGUGGCCGCCCGCGAGCCGUCGCGCGUGUUCACGUGCAACUACUGCCAGCGCAAGUUCUUCAGCUCGCAGGCGCUGGGCGGGCACCAGAACGCGCACCGUCGGGAGCGCACGCUGGCCCGACGCGCGCUGCGGCUCGACGCGACGGGUCCCUACGGCUACUACGCCGACGUGGCGUCCCUGCCGCUGUACGGCUCCGGCCUGUACCCCAUCGGCAUCCAGGCGCACGCGUCGACGGCAGCGCACUCGGAGCAGCAGCGGCACGAGGACGGCGCCGCCGCCGAGCUGAGGAGGCCCGCGCGGGGGCUGCUGAGCCCCAUGCCAUUCCUCGUGGCCGACGAGGAGAUGAGCUUCGGCUGGCCCGGUAGCUUCAGACCAGCCGCCGCCGCAGCCGCCGCUGCGCCGGCGGGGAGCGCAGCCCUGAACUCGGCCGGCGGCGUCGCCGUGCAUGCCCGGGAUGAGCCCGAUCUGACGCUCAGGCUGUGA